AUGGUUGCUGAAAGUGAUAAUCGUGAUCUGACGGUGGAUACGGCGGCGAGCUGUCUGAUGUUGUUAUCAGGAAUUGGAGAACACGACGGAAGAAAGAAACGUGUUUUCCGAUGCAAGACUUGUGAGAGAGACUUCGAUUCGUUCCAAGCUUUAGGAGGCCACCGUGCAAGCCACUCGAAACUAACCAACAGUGACGAUAAAUCACUUCCUGGAUCACCAAAGAAGAAGCCUAAAACUACGACUACGACGACGGCUCAUACUUGUCCGAUUUGUGGCUUGGAGUUUCCGAUGGGACAAGCUCUUGGUGGUCACAUGAGGAAACAUAGGAACGAGAAAGAACGAGAAAAGGCUUCUAACGUAUUGGUUACGCAUUCUUUCAUGCCGGAGACGACAACGGUGACGACUUUGAAGAAAUCGAGUAGUGGGAAGAGAGUGGCGUGUUUGGAUUUCGACUUAACUUCGGUGGAGAGCUUUGUCAACACGGAAUUGGAGUUGGGAAGAACGAUGUACUGA